GGCGGCCGACAGGCGCAGGAGCCCGCCGUUGAGACCCUGCCCCCGGUCACGGGCCGCCUGCGGUAUUCCAUCUCCGCCGACCAGACGCUGCGGGGCACCCCCAUCCGCGAGGGGGAGCUGUGGUACCUGUCGGCGGAGGAGCGCGUGGAGCAGGUGACAUUCUCGCUCCACGUGAACGGCUUCGCGUUCGUGCACGGAUCACACGAGACUCAUGUCUCGUUGUCACCAUUCUGCUUGGUGCGCAAUUGCAAGUUCCAGAGCAACUACUCGAAUUCGAACCUCAUGGACAUGAAGAUUUUCAAGGUGUCGCUGUUCGCGCAGGGGGUGUGCCACUACCUCGGCGUGCGCGCCGAGGCGGAGAGCGAGGCCGAGGAGGAGAGGUCGCAGUGGGUGCUCGACAUCUCCAGGGUCAUGCGCUUGGUGACGCAGUCCGUCUUUCCGCCGUUCAGGAUCUCCUGCGAGCCCCUGAGCGCGGUGGUGAGCACCAAGCGACGGCUGAUGGCAGGCUACUUGAUCCAUCGUGACGACGAGCGCGUUGCCUCCGUGCUCUACGUGGAGCUGCACCCUCAGGACGAGGACCAGGCCAAGCUCGUGCUCUACGAGAACGAGCUCUGCCAGGUGCCCGUGACCGACAUCUACCUGACGGAGCAGUCGCUGUGCUGCGAGAAGGUCGGCAUCAACUGCAGCUGCUUCUGCGUGGAGGACGACCACCAGUUCUCCACCAGGACACUCGCGGAGCGGAAGCUCUGGCUCAGGGCCAUCUCCAACGUCAAGGUGAAGCUGCAGAACAAGGCCCCGAGCCCAAACGAAGAGGAGCGGCAGCAUUACCGGGAGGCGAUCAAGGACCCGAGCACCUCCAGAUCAUCGGGGCCUCGGUGGACGUGCAGGCGCCCAUGGAUCCGCUGCUGCAGUCCCUGCCCGCGGGGCCCGGCCCUCCGCCCGCCGCGGGGCCCGGCCCUCCGCCCGCAGGCGGCGUGCCCAUCCCCGCCGCCUUCGCGCUGGGCGCCGGCCUCACCGGGCUCGACGCGAGGGCCGACGAGGACCCCGAGGGCGGCGACGCCGGCGGGGGCGAGGCCUGGGCAGGCGGCCACGGCGGGGACAAGGUGCAGGC